CGGACACCACGUGACUGCAGUGGCGGUUAGUAGUCACAGGUCAUCAGAUCGCGAUUGGACGUGGAGAAAUCACACAAGGAUCAAAGAUGAAUGCCAAUUGGAGGCAAAAAUUGACAACAGUCAUGGAAAUGUCAGCCGCAAAGAAGCGAAAACCCCCAGAAAUCAAUAGGCGUGUCCUCCCAGGAGGGGUGUUGAUUGAAGACCUCCGCCCGGGGUACGGGUCAAAGGCAGAGAAGGGAGACAAGGUAUGCAUCUGCAAAAAGACACUGCGUCAGACAGGAGAAAAGAAAAGUUUUAGAAGGAUAAUCAAAAUAGAAAAAAUCAGCUUCAUUAUUGGAAAAAGGGAAGUGUGUAGAAAGAUGGAAAGCGGAGUUAAAGGAAUGAAACAAGGGGGAAAGAGGAAGCUAGUAAUUCCAAGGAAAAGGUGA